CCACUAAAAAACUCAUUCAUCCAUCACAGGGAUUGAGAGUUGAUGAGAAUAAUAAUAUUAAACAAGAAAAGAUUUAGUUAAAUGGUAUACGUUAUAUUUAAUUAACCUCACUUACGUUGCUACUACUAAGAUAAGCCCGUUAAUUUCCUUAUCUCACGUAUUCCCACACGAUUAAAUCGCAGUUUCCUUUUUGUUCUGGCUGAAGAAACACUUUUUAUCAAGUUUAAUAAAAAAAUUGACGAAAGCCAAGUCCUCCUGCGUUUGACAUACUUUAAAAACCUUAUUAAUUUUGUCGUCGACAUUUAGGACUAGAUGUAAUCUUUAGUUGUCAAAAUGGAUUAUUAACUAUCUUACGCAAAAGAUUGAGUGUGGCGAUACUCCAAGUCCACAGUCCUGAGUCAGCGAGGUCCAGAGAAAGUAACAGUCAGUCAGCUUAUGAAGAGUACUCUUGACCGUUUUCCAAAGCUAUCUUCAUGUUUGAAGGGAAAAAUAUUCACUUCAGUCCUGUGGACAAUAAGCCAUUAUGUUCAUACUCUAGCAAAUUGUGUCGACAAAGGCGACUAAAUGGUUAUGCAUUUUGUAUCAGACACAUUUUGGAAGACAAAUCAGCUCCAUUCAAGCGAUGCACCUACGUCACCAGGAACAAUAACCAGAUUUGUCAAAAUGCAAUUCCGACCAGUCAAGAACGUGGCUAUUGCCACAGCCACAUGCAGGUUGCUGGCAUCAUUCCGAAAACGGAAAGGAAAGUAAAAAACCCACCAAAAUCUGCCGAUGCAAAUGGAGCAUCAGGCAAGUCGUCAGAUUCAAACAGUAAUAGUUCCAACUCAUCCAAUGGUGGAGUCAAAAAGGAUCCCAACGCUGUGUUUAAGUUCGAAGAGGAACCUUCUGAAAUCCAGUGGAUUCCCAAGGGUGGAAGAAUUAACGGGAUUGUCAACAGAGGAAAAAAAAUCAACGGAAAAGGAAAAGAUCAAGUCAAAGAGACCGGAGUGGUCAAUGGGACAAUUCACAAUGGAAGCUCUGGAAAAAGUGGAAAAUCAGAGACCAACAAGAAUGGAAAGGUUAAUCAAUCCAUGUUGAUGAACGGAAAAGACACGCCUGCCCAUGUAAAGUCUCGCCAAACUUAUGCGAAAAAGCCCACUACCACUUCAUCGUCAGGGAAGAAACCAAAAGUCAUCAUAGAGUCAACUACUGUGAUUAAUAACAAACAAACCUCGGGCAGUUUAGAAACCACCACAACCAACGGAUCUGGAAAUUUAGUAGAAAAUGCGCGCUUCGGUCUCGAAGUGAAUAUUUUAGACUCCAAUGUUGCUACUCCCCCUUGUGCACCAGAACACGACAAAUAUUUUGAUCAAUUGAAAACACUGAAAUCUGUUGAAAAAUCCGUGUCACACUCGAAGCAGGAUUCUUCAGAUAUUGUAAGCGCUAUCAAACAAUCGCACAUCAACAACAACGCUUCUUCCAAGCCAACAAAUUCUCCGCGGACAAUACCCAUUCCAAAGUCUACUACUCUACCAAAUAGUAGAAACUCUAAUAGUAACAAAAAUUGUAGUAACGUAGGAAUUUGUACUAGUUCUGGUAGCAGUAUUAGUAGUAGUUCAUCUGUUUGUGUUGAUUUGUUCAAUAGUAUAUGUGCUCAAAAGGUAACAAAUUCCUUACCCCCAGAAUUUUCACCUGACAAAAUAACCAUAAAAUCCCAGAAUUCUUCCUUCGAGCCCAGACAAGAAUUUCUAGCUCGUGUGAGACAAGCAUUUAAACUGCAGUACUUGACGAUUAAGAAUUCUGCAAAUGAUAGUGACAAAAAUGAGAAAAUUUGGAAACGAGCUUUACGCCAUUCUUUGCUGACAUGCGUUGCUAAAAAUUCAUCCUACUGUGCUCACGUAAUUGUUCAAAAUGAUCCAAAAAAAUACUCUGAUCUCGUCAUGGUGGGCAACGGAAAAAAGUCGCCUGCUCCAAAAUCAAACAAAAAGUCGGCAGCUGCAAAUACAGUCGGCAGUAAUGGCAACAACAACAAGAGCAGAAGGAAGAACGGUUUGGCAGAUAACAAUCCUAGUGGUGGGAGUGAAAAGAGUGAAAGCAGAAUCGUUUUGACCAAUGGAAAUUCUAUGAGCAUAAUGGAUGAUGACAUUUUUGGUCCUGUCUCACCGCCGGACGUUAGGGGUCAUGGAAAGUCAAAGGCUUCAUUGGGCACGGACGAGAAAUUAUCUUCUCAGAAAAAGAAGAAGGCAAGGAAAGCAGCCGUCCUCAGUCCGUGUGUAGCUAAUGGACUUGAUGAAAUAAGUCACAUAUCUCCAUUAGAUCAUCACGCACCUUCAAUACGAAGCAUAUCCGCAAAGAAAUCUUCAUCUGACUCAUUGGAAAGUGCAAUGAAUGCCAAGAAACGUAAGUUCUCUGAGACCCUCAACUCUGAAUCGGAUUCCCUCUCUCAGCACAUUCUCAACUCUGUGACGGAAUUCCGAGUUCCAAAAGUUGAAGAUCCUUCUGCUCAUGAUUUGAGUGACAUUGACAUCAAGAUGGAAAACGAACAAAUUGGAUACAACAAUUACAAUGGUCACAUAAGCAAUCACCACCACCACACCCACCCCUUACUUCAUCCCCACUCCGGCUCAGCAACUACUGCAAAAUCUUCCAUCCUCAGUAAUGCUCAGUUACAACACCUCCUUAGCCAGCCAGAUCUCCGGACACUGGCUUCAGCUGGACAUAAUGCGAAACUUCAAAGGAAUCAAGGGAUUAACACGGUCUUAAAUUCAGUCGGAUCUUCAGACUUGGUAAGUUCGGAUGGUGUUAUAACGGAUGCAUCAUUUGACUCCACUUUCGACCACUCCAGUCAACAAGAUUGUGACUUUUCGGAUGACGAUUUGGAGAAGAGUCUGGAAUUUCAAAUCGAUCCAGAAACCGAACACCAGGCGAGUCGACUUUUGGAGGAUAACGAGCUAACUGAAGAUGAUUUGAAUGAACUCUUCCCCGAGACAAGUAACAAAAUUGGUCGUUCAGAUUUAUCGGAUUUGGGUGUUGAUUUCUCUUCCGCAUUCGACGCAAACGACAUUGAUUAUUCACUCUUUGCGAACAUAUUCCCAUUUAGUCGAUCAAGUCAAUCGGAAUCCAUUUCUAUUUCGAAUCAGUAUUGAAAAUCGUAAAUAUUUUAGAUUUUUGUAUCAAGUUUUAAAAAUUAAUUUUUAUUAAUUUUAGAGUUUGUUCAUUGCCGUGAAUAAUUUUUUUUGUUAAACCGUACCUGAGUUUUUAUUACAAGUUUUUGAUUCAUUCUUGGUUGUUGAAAAACGGAAUAGAAAUGGAUGAAACGACAGUUGACGGCGUGCAUAAAAAAAAUCUCAAUUGCUUCCUAAUGUGUUCUAAAUAAUCUACUUUUACCUGUAAUAUUUAUUUAAGGUCAAGGUUUAUAUUGUUAAAGAGUGAAAACUAUUGUUGUAAUUGGGUAACAAACCGAUGCGGUGUAGUAACUAAAAUGUAGUAGAAACUAGCGAUAACAACAAUCCUUAAAAAUAGAGUGAUAAUGGUAGUUUCAUAGAAUUAAAUCUAAGUUACUUACUCAAUGUCAGUCAGUCAUUUGCUAUUUAGAAGUUGAUGCAAUUUGUGUUUUACUUAAUCAAUUCGUGGUCUCUCCUCCCAAACCAACAAGAUAUCUUGUCCCUCAACCAUCCAGAUAUAUAUUGUAAGGCAAUGUAUCGUGUCGCUCCAUUAUAUGAAUAUGACUUUGUGUAAUAGAAGGGUUUAAAAUGGUCUGAGGAAAACGCUUGCUACAAAGCUUUACAAUUUACAGUGAGUAUUACUAAUAUACAUAGUUUCUUCUGGAAAUGAAGAACCAACAUUAUGUCAUAAUUUUAGAACAUUUUAGAAUUUUAGAGCACUGUUCGUUUGCAGUACCGCAUAAUGUUAGGCUUUGUGUCCUUUGUUCAUUUUGUUGAGUUGACUUUUUGAAAUUGUGAUAUUCUUUAUUUCCGAUAAUACAAUAUUUAAUCGGGAGGAUAUUAUGUUUCUGGUGAAUUUGUCAAAUGUAAAUUAUUCGCAUGUAAAUUUAUCGCUCGAACGUUAGCUACUUUCUUAUUAGAUUUUUUGAAGGGUCGACUAUGAAAUGAAGCUGAUACAAAAUCUACGAAUUUACACGAGAAUCAAAUCAAGAUUUCUGAUAACAUUUUAAAGCCAAAAAACCAAUUGAACGUGUUACUUAAAUAACUGAUUUGCGAGUAACGCGAUCGAUCGAAUUAUGUUGCAAUAUCAAAUGUCUGAUUUUCAAUUGUAGGUUUUAUUUAUUUAUUUCCUUUACGCUCUGAAUAGUGCGAAAUAUACAAUUCAGAUAACUGACAUCAAGCAGCCUGAAAAUUUGAAAAUUAUAUAUUUCAUACUUCAAGAGGAGACUGUCAAUUUAAAAUGUGUUGAAAUAUGUGAGACUGAUUUCGUUUUUUUUUGUUUUUAAUGAAAAUCUGGAGACACUUAAGGAGUCAAUAAUCGAUGAGGGUUAUGUUUUAUAAUGAAUUGUGAUGAUCAACUCAAGGAGAAAGUAAUUGUUCUAAAUUUUAAAAGUUAAAAUUAUGUCGUUUUUUUGUUAUAUUUAUUUGUUUAAAUUUGUUUUUGUACUCUCUCAUUUUACAUGCAUUCUUUACUUUGUAGUUACAAAAAAUGACUGAAAUAUGAUGGCAUUAUCCUGUGGUAUUUUCAGUAUUGGUUUACUGCAGAUUUUUCAUUGGUUAUUAACAGGGUGCAUAAACUUUUUUGUUGUCCGUGGUUUCUCCUAAGGAGAAAGUUUAUGCACCCUGGGUUAUUAAUAAUUUAAUUUUUUUACUCUUUGGUUAAAUUUUUAUGUUUUUUUACGUUAUUUAUUAUUUUAAAAUUAAUUUAUUAACGUCUUGUUGCAAAGUUAUGCCAGACCCGACCCGUUAUAUAAUGACAAAGGCAUAAUAAUAAUAAUAAUAAUAAUAUAAAUGUGGAAAUUGAUGCAUUUUUGUGAAUUAUUAUAUACUCUGAUGAAGCAGAAGAAAGAAAGAUUUACUCAAUGUAUAAAUUUUAAAAAUGUACAUAUACAUAAAUAUAUCCUCUCGAAAAACCCCAAACCAACCCCCCAGUAUCCCCACUACAUAAUAAUGUUGCAUACAUCUUGUACAUACAAAUUGUAAUGUAAAACCCAGUUGAAUUUUCGAAAAUUAUUAUUGUGUCAUCAAGUAGUUGGUAACACCUACUAGAUAAAUGUAUAAUAGAUCGCAUGGCAUGUCAGUGAAUAAUAAUCAAUUACUAUGUGAGGUUAUAGAAAAAGAAGCCAAAAAUAGUGUACACUCUAAUUAUAAGUUUGAAUGCUACACGCUACACACACACCUACAACACACCCUGCCCGCGUAUAACUUAUCUACUUAAUAGAACCCCCACCCACACAUAUACGCUCAGUUCGGUCAGCUACAGCUUAGAGAUAAACUGUAUGCAUAUGACACAGGACGUGGAGAUCAUGAAAGUGAGACUCAAUUUAAUAAUAUUCAACAAAUCUGAUUUGAUUCAUGUGAUUACCCAACCAAACGUUGAUUGUAUAAAAAGAAAAGAUGAAUGUUAAUUACUCGUCGAUCGUUGUCGUCCCAAAUCAAAACCAAUUUCAAUUUGAAUCGGAAACUUCAAAAAAAUAACCUACCAAAGUAGUAGCUACUACAUAAAUAGGUUUGUAAUAGUUAUACACAUACAUAACUCUUGUUAUUUAAUGGGCUCUCAAUUCCCAUUUUGUGACCCCGUGAAUGUUAAAAAUAAACUUCGACCAGUUCGUUUUUCAUACAGUAAAUAA